AUGUCCACAAUAAACGUGCUAGGAAUUUUUAGCGACGAUGAGAAUUUUAAAUUCAGUCGGUACACACUCCAUGAGAACGGUACAUUAGGCAUAACAUAUCGAGGAGAGCAUCGUAAUGUUGGCAUACGACGCAUUAAGCAUGAUUCCAUCGACUUCGAAUUAAUGAAAAAGUACCACCAUAAUUGCAACGUUAAAACUACAGCAAUUCGCAAUCUUCGAGUGAUUGACUGCAAAGGGCCAUUAUCUCAAGGUAGCAUUCAGGCCCCUCAGAAUUGUCGAUACGCAGCACUUUCGUAUGUUUGGGGUUCCAACGGGCCAGUUUCUUCUUCCGGCGCAGCGUCCGGUCCAAUUCCUCCUUCCAAGGUUGUCGAAGACGCUAUUUCCGCCACAUUGUCGAUGGGUAUUCGAUAUCUCUGGGUUGAUCGUCAUGACCAGGUCUCUCAAAUGGGAAACAUCUACAGUAAUUCAGAAGUAACAUUUAUUGUCGCCGCCGGUGAAGAUGCUGAAUAUGGAAUCCCAGGGAUAGGUACUACCCCUCGCCGUCGCCAACUCCAAGAAAUCAUAGGAAACACCGAAUUACUACAAUGCUUUCCCAAUAGUAGUUACGCGAUAGCUUCAUCGAAAUGGGCCACUCGUGGCUGGACCUUUCAAGAAGGUGUCUUGUCCCGGCGAAAAAUUAUAUUCACGGACGAUGGUGCUUCAUACAUAUGCCAAUUCUUUCAUAACAGCGAAAUCAUGCCAAAACCCUUACAUUGGCAGCAAUGGCCUACCGAGAAGAUGAAGGGGCUCAUGCCUCGGCUAGAUCGAAUCGAGAAAUUCGCUCAGGAUAUGCUCCAGAAUUACAGUCGGCGUAACCUUACACACAAUUCAGAUGCAUUCGACGCAUGCUUAGGUAUACUUCAGGAGAUGGCAAAUGCAAACAUAGGUCAAAUCUGGGGCGUUCCGAUCGUAUAUCGUUAUAACAGGUAUUAUGCAAUAUGGCUUGAGUGGGAACACGAACAACCAGUACAACGGCGGCCCAGCUUCCCGAGUUGGUCAUAUCUCGGUUGGGUUGGCCCCAUAAAGUGGUGUGCGAUCCCUGGAUUCCGGACGGAGAAAAUGGCGAUAGGUGACACAAAAACAGCAUUCUACAAUAUUCAUAGUCUAUUCGAUAAUAGGCUCAAAUUCCUUGAGACAAGGUAUAGUUGUCUCCAUCUCACUGGCAAAGUCUUUGAACCGGUUAUGAUGGAUACGGCAUGGAUUGAACAGGACAGAUCCUACCGAUUCAAGGCUUAUCAGACGGUAGAGAAUGCAUAUGGAGAGAGAGUAUUCACGAGACACCUGGCCGAUGGAUUUUAUGCUCAUUUGAAAAUCUGCAAUAAUAUACGAAUGCUCAUUCGAGCCCAACUCGACGUCGUCGGAUUCGUAUUGAACGAGUCGGAAACAAGUGGAACGGAAGUUCUCUUACUUCGAGCCCGUGAUAACAUCUACGAACGAGUUGGGUUUUUUUCGGUAUCAUAUUGGGGUUUUCCCACCGAGUGUAAAAGGAGAUUUCAUUCUUAUUAA